UCCCGUAACCACGCCCAUCGUGUAUUCAGGUGAACGGCACCUACCGGUAGGUGCAGUAAAGCUAAUUGUGGACGCAGUGAAACUGGGAGAAACAGGUGACGAGGUUCAAGUGGUGGAUUUACGAGUGUUACUGUUUAGAUCUGCGCAUCUUCUGAGAAGGCAGACAUGGAGGAAAUGACAAUAUGGGAGCAGCACACAGUCACGCUAAACAAAGAUAACAAAUUCGGGUUUGGUUUUGCCAUCUCGGGCGGGAGGGACAAGCCGAACCCAGGCACUGGGGACACCGCUGUGAUCGUCUCUGAUUUGGUGCCUGGCGGCCCGGCUAUGGGCAGACUCCAGACACGGGACCAGAUAGUGAUGGUGAAUGGGGUGUCCGUGGAGAACACCACCUCACAGUACACCAUUCAGCACCUCAAAAGCUGUGGCAAAACAGCCAACAUUACAGUGAAGAGGCCUCGCACAAUUCAGAUUCCAGCCAGUGGCAGGCCCACACGAGCUUCCUCACAAUCAAACCUGCUGGACAAUGACCGAUAUGACCGGAAACCUCCGCGUGGGUCAGACUCAGGGUAUGGGCGGCGUCCUCGAAGUACCACACCUGAACACAACGGCCACGACCUGCCACUUAUGUCCGGCUACAAAAGACUUCCCAAUCUGGACGCUUCAGAUAAACCCAUCAAAGCCACGCUGGUGAAGCUGAAACCUACAGACGAGUAUGGGAUGAAGUUAGGGAGUCAGAUUUUCAUCAAGCACAUGACCCCUACUGGUCUGGCUGCUAAAGAAGGCACACUGCAGGAGGGAGAUCUCGUUCUCAAGAUUAAUGGAAUGACUACAGAGAACCUCUCCCUGCUGGAGACCAAGCACCUGGUGGAGAAGUCGAGAGGUAAACUCUCCAUGGUGGUGCUGAGGGACAACAGGAAGUUCCUGGUCAGUAUUCCUGAAGUGGCAGACAGCCCUCAGAACAGUACUGAGGAGAGGAGCAGUGGCAGCAGCUCAGAGCUGGAUGAAAUUUCUGAUCUGGACAUGGACAUACCUGUUCAGAAUCGAUCGUCUCGUGCACCGACCCGAGAACGUCGCACUCGCAGAACCAGAAACGCUGAGGCCCCUACUUUCUCAAAAGCUCGUGAUUCACCCGAUCUGCGCACCAGCAAGUCACAGCCACCUUCCUAUGCAGUGCCUCGACGCAGAGUCUCAUCUGAGUCAGAAUCAGACCACAGCAAAUCUCCUCCUCCGGGUAAACACAACAGCAGUAACAGCAGAGACCGGUACAGAGUGCUCUCAGGAAUAUCAGCGCUGCCUAAUCCUCGAGCUUCUCCUGUCAAUUAUAACGCUCCUCACAGCUCCUACUCAUUGCCACGACCACGCAAAGCCAUUUCAGAGUCUGAUUCAGACCACAAUGCCUCUCCACCCCCAAGACGGGAGAGUCCCAGGACUAACAGUCAGUCCAGAUACAAGGUGCUCCCUGAACUUCCCCAAGCUGGCUUGAAGUCAUCUUCCCGCAGCCGUUCCCUGGACAUCCUUAGCCAUGGCUCCUCCCCUUACAGACCCCCACCGCCAGACGAGUCCGAGUCCGAUGAAAGUUCAGGAGCAGCAUUCAGAUCAGGAACGCUGUCCAGCCAGGACUCGCACAACAGAUACAGGGCCACACCUGAGAUAGCGCUAGCCCCCAUGGUUGCGGCCCCAAAAUGGUCAAAACCCUCAACACCCACCAAGAGAGCAUUGUCAGAGUCUGAAUCAGAUGCAAGUUACCCAGUGGUUCCCAGUCCAGAUGCCACACACAAACACGAAGUUGUUUCUCAAACUCAAGUGACGUCCGUUAAAAGCAGACCAGAGUAUCAUUACAGAGCCUCCUCACCUCCCAGACCUCCAUCUGACCUCUCGCCGUCUGAGAGGACACCUUCUCCACCCAGGAGAUCAGGCAGCACCGAUCAUGACAGCAAUCAUAGUUUGCCAGAGGCAGACACCACUCUCCGAUCUGAUUUAUCAAGAUCCAGCCACACCAAGUGGAAUGCCAAGCCCGUAGAGGAGCCUCUUUACUCCCUCCCACCUGAUGCAGAUCCUACACCUAGCCAGGGCUACAGCUCAGACCAGAACAUGGUGGGGUUUGUUAAGGAGGGCAGUGUGGGUCUACGGCUUGUAGGGGGCAACGACGUGGGCAUCUUUGUCGGAGGCAUCCAGCCAAACAGCCCUGCUCAUAGAGAGGGCAUGAGAGAGGGGGAUCAGAUACUGCAGGUCAAUGGGGUUGACUUCAGUCACUUCACCAGAGAAGAGGCGGCCAUGUUCCUUAUGAACAUCCGAUCUGGGGAACGCAUUAAUAUGCUCACUCAGAAUAAAAUGAACAUUUAUAAGAAGAUCCUGAGUUCCAGCCUGGGCGAUUCCUUCUACAUCCGCACCCACUUUGACUAUGAGUCAGAGGAGAACCGCGGCCUAAGCUUCACCCGGGGAGAGGUUUUCCGUGUGGUGGAUACAAUGCACCGUGGGAAAUUGGGAAGUUGGAUGGCUGUUCGGAUGGGAACCAACCUCUAUGAGCUGGACAAGGGCAUUAUACCCAAUCAGACCAGAGCUGAAAGUCUAGCUAUUGUCGAGCAGACUCAGAGGAUCCAGAUGGCAGAACGCCAGGCCUCAGCUCCCAGGGCAGAGUUUUGGAAACUGCGGGGGCUCCGGGGGGCUAAGAAGCCUGUCCGAAGAACACGGGAUGACCUCCUUCAACUGACCAUCCAGGGCAAGUUUCCAGCAUACGAGAAGGUUGUGCUGAGGGAAGCCAACUUUAAACGGCCGAUUGUCAUCACGGGCCCCCUGAAUGACAUUGCAAAUGAGAAACUGGCCAGAGAAAUGCCUAAUGAAUUUGAGGUGGCAGAAAUGGUACCCAGGGGUGGUGGAGAAGCCCAGUCUGUCAUUAAGUUGGACACAGUAAAAAGAAUAGCAGAGCAGAACAAGCACCCUCUAUUGGACAUCACACCCACUGCAGUGGAGAGACUUAGUUACAUCCAGUAUCACCCUAUAGUGCUGUUCCUGGAGCCGCACAGCCGUAAAGAUGUGAAAGCUAUGAGACAGAGAUAUGAUCCUAAUUCUAAGAAAAGCUCACGGAAACUGUACACUCAGGCCUUAAAGCUGAGGAAACAAUACAGCCACCUUUUUGCUGCACACAUCGAUCUGCAGCCCAAUUCAAAUGUGUGGUAUGAAAUUCUUAAAGAGAAGAUUCAGCAACAACAGUCUAAGCCUGUCUGGGUCUCAGAAGUGACGUUGGAGGGAGGUGCCAAUGAGGAACUGGAUGUGCUCAACCACAACGAUGCCUCAGACUACCUCAGUGGUGCCAGCGACUAUGAGGACACGGACGGUGAGCCGUACACUGAUGGCGAGGCUUACACAGACAAUGAGGACCUGGAAGAGCCAGCCAACAGCCAACCAGACAUAGCAUGGCGCCGCAGGACAGCAUUGGCUCGCUCCUCAGAACCAGCCGCAUGGCAGACACCCAGCCCUGAGCCUCAGCCACACUCUGAAGAAGAGGAGGCGGAGCCUGAGUACACUCUACCCCCUCAAGAGGUGCCUCCCAUGCGCCAUAUUCCUGAGCCCCAAGCCUCGCAAAAGGAGAAUGCAGCAUUAUCAGCCACGCGCAGUUUCACAGACUCAGACUACAGCGCCGAGCCUGAUCCACCUGGCACACCCACCUCAGAAGGACCUCCGGAAUUUAGGGCUCCAGAUCCCACACAGCUCCCUCGCAAGAGCCCACCACCUGUCACACUGUCAUUCAUAGAGCAGAAACUACAACAGACACGCACAGUAGAUGCACCAAAGACCCCUUUGGUUGUGUUGGCACAUCAUGAAGCAAUGUUGCUGCGAAGGACCCAGAUCAGAGGCAGCGACAGUUCCGAGGACAGUGAUGGCGAUAAUGAUGAUGAAGAAAAUGAUGACAUGGAAUGGGGUCCUGCCACAGAGCUCUAAUACACACAACCUAGAAGACACAUGGACCACCACAUCUGUGGAAAUAAUGUGAAAAUCUUUUUUUUUUUUCUCUUUGCUUUUUAUUUUAUUUUUACCUAUCCUCAUGGACCUGUUCUGAAAACUCUCACUGCUGGACUGUAUGCAUACAUUGGGGUUCUUUCAGGCCCUGUACCAUUGGACAUGUUCAUGGACAAUGUGUAUUUUACCUUCUGUAUUACAUUACAGCCUUGUCUUUUUUUAAAAAAAACGUGAACUGUUUCAAAAUAAAUACAUUUAACAAAAUA